GUUGUAUUCCCGACAUCUCUCGAACUGCGAUUCGAUACCGGUAUAAUACCGGUAGCACGUGACAAUGCAAUCUGCUUAUGGAAGUAAACAAUCACCAUGACGUCGCCGAGAAUCUUUCGAGGAAGGAGGCUCGUCCUUGGCCGGGUACUCCGGUUGCGAGAGGUAGAACCCGGGCACUCGGUUGUUUUCCGUUCAAGUCCGCUAUCGGACUCUUCUACAAACAAAACGCUGUAUCGAACACCGUGUGGGACAAAGCCGCGGGCAUUCCGAUUUCCUUCGCAAGCCGACUCAUACCAUCGCCAGCGACGGUUUGGUACCCUCAAUGACGGCGAAAGAAAAUUUAGCGAGGGCCAAUCUUUGGUACUUUCAUCCAUCACAGAAACCCCCUUGGAUUCCACUGUGAUAGAAAAACCAUACACCAUUGUCCUUAUGGAGGACCAAGUAGCCGUGUCUCCUUUGCUGUCGACCGAGGGUGACGAAAAUCACAGCUACGAUUGUGCCGAGCAUCCUGUCGGCAACCAAGCCACAACCUCGUGGAUCGAUACCUUUCGAUCGAAAGUUCCUUCCUACCAUGGAAUGUCCUUUGCAUCCAUUUCCUUGAGCUGGCAACGAAAUCCUUCCGUUGCCGAUGGUGUGCUAGCUUUGAAAUCUUGUCAGCUUUCGAGUAUCAACGACGCCAUUUUGGUAACGCGUGGUCCCGUGGCAUCCCUUUGCGCCCAGUAUUAUCUGGAAAGCUUUCCUCUCCAGGGUUUGGUGAUGAUCGAUCCUAUCCUCAUCGACGACGACGAAGAUGCUUGUGGCGACGGAGAGGCGGUGUCCUCUCUGGUGUCGAGGAUGUAUCGAUGUCAAGACGACGACGCAGACAAGGAUCGAUUUCGCUCGGGCCGGUUAUUGGUUGAACCAAAUGCAGUGCCGAUGAUGGUCGUUGUGACGGCACAAGACGACAAAGCAUGGAACGAAUCUUCUCGGUUUGUGGCGGCCCGUCAUGGAGACGACAACGGUCCCUACGGGAGAGUUCCGAUCGUUGAUCUGGCGAACAUUGACGGAACGGAAAAGAACUCGGCAGUUACAGUCCUUGAUGUUAUAGGCGAAUGGAUGAACGACACUCUUUGAAAAAUCCGGAGACGAGCACAGCAAAAAGUUCAACUGUAGGGAAGGCCUCAUUAUGAAUUUUUAUCAAAUGGAUACGCAUGACUAGCAUCCACCACGACUAUUCGGCAAUUUGUAUACACAACCUGAACAGAGCACAUGAAGGAUUCGUGCAGCACAAUUUUUCUAGUUUCAAAGUGUGAAGAUGUCUGCGUACCACAAUUGGGGAAAGGUUCACCGGAUUUUGGACAGUGCUUCAUGUACCACACUCCCCUGUAGAAUUGCUGAAGCGUGCAGAGUGGUUUCAUUGCAGAGGUUGCCGGAUGACCUGUUUCAAUCCAAAAGUGAGCAUUUAUAGAUUACACCUUAAAAAAUAUUUGUACAACAG